CUACAUGGCAACCGGCAUUAAAGGCGCACGGAGCGUCAGCAGAAAGCAGCCUGGCAAUCUAUGGUGGACUGCGCAGAUGAAGGAUAUGGCAGCGACCUUAUAUUUGAUCAAUGAUAGAUUUUCUCCAUCUGGGAAUUAGGAAAUAUCUCACUCUUUAGUGCACCCACCUUCUGAAUGGAAACAUGGACACCACCUACAAAGGAGGAAUUGUAGUCAACAAUGUCCAGGAACUAUGAGCCUGGUCACUCAGUAGGGAUGUUGGCUACUGUGGAACAUGGUCCCAUCCUCUGCAGCGACUCCAACAUCCUCUGCCUCUCCUGGAAGGGCCGGGUCCCCAAGAGCGAGAAGGACAAGCCGGUGUGCCAGAAGCGCUACCAUGAGGAGGGCUGGCUGGCCACAGGGAACGGGAGAGGGGUGGUGGGCGUGACGUUCACAUCCAGCCACUGCAGGAGAGACAGGAACACUCCUCAGAGAAUCAACUUCAACCUGCGAGGACACAACAGUGAGGUUGUGUUGGUUCGUUGGAAUGAGCCCUUUCAGAAGUUGGCCACGUGUGACAUGGAGGGAGGCAUCUUCGUCUGGAUUCAGUAUGAGGGACGGUGGUCUGUAGAGUUAGUGAAUGACCGUGGUGCCCAGGUGAGUGAUUUCACAUGGUCCCAUGAUGGCACUCAGGCCUUGAUCGCCUACAGGGAUGGGUUUGUCUUGGUGGGGUCAGUCAGCGGACAGAGACACUGGUCCUCAGAGAUCAACCUGGAGAGCCAGAUCACCUGUGGCAUCUGGACACCUGACGACCAACAGGUGUUGUUUGGUACAGCCGACGGUCAGGUGAUAGUGAUGGACUGUCAUGGUCGCAUGCUGGCCCAUGUCCUGCUACACGAGUCGGAUGGCAUCGUCGGCAUGUCAUGGAACUGCCCCUGCUUCCUAGUGGAGGACAGCACAGAAAGCGACACCGACUCUGAUGACAACCCACCUCAAGUGCGUAUCCUGAAGCCCCUUCUGACAGUUAGCUUCAUAUCAGGAGACAUCAGUUUGAUGAACAACUACGAUGACCUCGCUCCUACCGUCAUCCGCUCAGGACUCAAAGAUGUGGAGGUCCAGUGGUGUUCUCAGGGGGACCUCCUGGCGGCAGCUGGGAUGGAGAGACAUGGGCUCCCUGGAGUCCCCUCUGACCCUAUCGUGAGGAACGCCCUGGUCAAAUUCUACAACGUCCAAGGAGAACAUAUCUACACGUUAGAAACACCUGCCCAGCGCCCCAUCACCACUAUCUGCUGGGGCCACAGAGACUCUCGUCUGUUCCUGGCGUGUGGCACGGCGCUGUACGUGGUGCGGGUGGAGCACCGGGUGGCCAGCCUGCAGCUGCUGUGCCAACAGGGCAUCGCCAGUGCCCUACGGGAGGAGAGAGACGUGGGCAAACUAAACAUGCCCUCCUUACUCUGUUCCUAUGUCACAACCGCCUUCAUACCCACCAUCAAGCCUCCUAUUCCUGAUCCCAACAACAUCCGGGACUUUGUCAGCUACCCCACAGCUGGUAACGAGAGGCUGCACUGCACCAUGAAGCGAGCGGAGGACAACCCAGAGGCAGGGGGACCCUGUUACACCCUCUACCUGGAACACCUAGGUGGUCUGGUGCCCAUCCUCAAAGGCAGACGCAUCAGCAAGCUACGGCCAGAGUUCAUCAUCAUAGACCCUAAAACAGACAGCAAAGCAGAUGAGGUGUGUGUGAACGCUAUGAUCUCCUACAUGACUGACAGCUGUAACUGUUCGGACUCCAGCGACAUUGAGUUGAGUGACGAGUGGGUCGGGAAGAAGUCCCCUAAACUGUCCAGAGGAAACGGGUCACCCAAGCUUUCCAGGAGGAACAUGGAAUCUAGAAAAUCUCCCAAAAUGUCCCGGGCUAGUCAAGAAGGCCCACGAUCACCCCGGUUACCAACAAAGAAGCCACCAAUUCGAUCUCCCAGUUUGACGCGUCGAGAGAUGUCCAUGGAUGGAAUCUCUGAGCAUAAUUAUCUUGCUCAAGUCACGUCCAAUAUUUGGGGGACAAAGUUCAAAAUCGUUGGACUUGCUUCUUUCCUACCUGCUAAUCUUGGUGCAGUUAUCUAUAAGACCAGUUUGCUGCAUCUACAACCAAGGCAGAUGACAAUCUACCUUCCGGAGGUGCGGAAAAUAUCACUUGACUUCAUGAGCCUGCCUGUCUUUAACCCAAACGUCUUCAGUGAGGAUGAGGAUGACUUGCCUGUGAUGGGACCAUCUGGAGUGACAAGUGACAACCCUUCCUGUACGGUCAACAUCCCCAUCGCACCCAUCCACAGCCCUGCCCAAGCCAUGUCCCCCACUCAGAGCAUUGGACUGGUCCAGUCCCUGCUGGCCAAUCAGAACAUCCAGCUGGAUGUCUUGACCAAUCCCACGGCUACGGCUUCAGCUGCAGCGGCCGCUGCAGCAGCCUCGGCCUCUAUUGCAGGGCCUGAUCACGGUCAGAAUGCAGUAGCAGCACAGUACAGUGGGACUCUAGGAAGGUACUCCAACCCAGGACAGAUACAACAGCAACACCAACAGAUGCAGAGGCAGCACCAACAAAUGCAGCAGCAACUGAAGCUGCAGAUCACCUUGCCCCCUCCGCCUACUGGCUAUCCCACCAUCUCUCUGCAGCAGUUCCAGGUACUGCAACAGAUACCCCACCCCAGUGCAGAGUUGGGACCAGAAAGAGGAGAGCAGGGGCAUACUCAGAGCCAUACUCUGGGCAGGCCAAGUCUACCGCGAUCCAGGCCUCCAUCAUUCAUUGAUGUAGACAGCUUACGGUCCAGACCUCCUUCCUUCAUCGAAGCAGAUACAUCAAGAUCUAGACCACCGUCAUUCAUCGACAUAGACACAAUACGGACUAGACCUCCUUCUUUCAUUGAUGCAGAUACAGGUACAUUGCGGUCUAGACCCCCGUCGUUCCUCGAUGCAGACUCCUCCCGAUCCAGACCUCCUUCAUUCAUAGACACAGACACACUACGUUCUAGACCUCCUUCCUUCCUCGAUGCAGAGACUUCCCUUGAGAUCCAGAUGAGGAAGGUGAACCCUCCACCACCCUACCCAGGAACCAUAGUGUCUGCAGCCACCGCCACAACCUCCACCGCUCCUCAGACCCUCAUCACCAACUGUGACAACCCCAACAUACUGGUCACAGCAGACCCGUGUCUGAAGAAAGACGAGUUCUCACUUCACCCAGUUGGUCUCCAGUACCAGAUGGGAUACGAGAGGAUCACAACCUUUGACAGCAGUGGGAAUGUAGAGGAGGUGUGUCGCCCUCGCAGAAGACUCAUAAGCAACCAGAACACCUACGCUGUUCAAGGCAUGGGAGGUUCGGCCACACUUAAAGUCACCUCAUCGUCUGACAGUAAGAAAGUCCAGCUUCCUUACAGCUCAGCGACUCUAAGCCGCCUCUCUGUGCCACGAUACUCCAUACCCAGCAGAGACCCGCCCCCCUACCCAGAUCCAGCCAAUCAGGUUAACAUUAACACGGCGACACUUUCUCCUCCCCAACGCAUGGACAGUAGUCACAUGAUUCACGCCACCUUGCGACCUGACCGGCGAGACGUGGAAUCUCGCCUGAAGGUGUCCCAGAUGGUUGACGCUUCAAGGACUCUACCAACCAAGUCUAAGAUCAACAGUGCGGCCCUAGCACUCUCUUACCAGCAGAGGGUGCCCACGGCUCUGUAUACCUGCACUCAGUGCAGCAGCAACAGCAGCAGCACCAGUGUCAGUGUUAGUGGUGGUGGUAGUAGCAGCAGUGGCAUCGCAGGAGGCACUGUAGUGCGACAGGAUUUCCCACCAGGAAAAGGUGCUCAUCACAGCACCAUCAUUGUUCAUUCCAAAAGCACUUCGUCUCAAGCUUCUCAGUCAUCUUACAAUCUGCUGAGUCCUGUUGAUAACAGCAGGGAUAGGACUGUGUAUGUGAACUCUGCCUUUACCGAAGACGAGACAUUAAGUCAGCAAUGUCGUCACUUGACUCUUGGGGAAGUUAGUUUGACACUGAAACGUCCUCCACCAUACCAGUGGGAUCCAAACACUGCAGAGGAGUUCUGGAUACCCUCAGAACAGACUAUCUUAGCUCCUCCUCCACCACCAACACACAAACCACCACCCCCGAUCAUCUUCAGCAAUGCUCAGCAUCUGGACAUGACACGGCUGCCUUUUGUACUCUCAACAAAACCUCCCAGCAGCCCAAGUACUGUUACUUUCCCAUCAGGUUACCAGAUCUCCAUGUCACCUUUCCCUCCAGGGGUUGGUCAGGAUGGAACCCCACUCCAGUCCAUGCAGAGCCAUCCACCACCCUGCCCUCCCAACGAAGUAGUUGCUCCAGUCCCCCAGUUUGCCCAGCAGGACCCCAACCUGGUCUUGCCACCUGGAUACCCUCCCAGCCAUGCCAACCUAGCUUGCUGCCCUCUGCCCCCGAUGUACCCAGGGGCCGCCUCCUGUGCUGGGCUUCAGCUGCACCCUGUUAGCCUGCACCCCUGGAACCCAUAUAGCCUACCCAUGCAGGACCUGUCAGGCUCUGCCACCCUCCCCAGCAAGUCUCAUCAGGUGUUAGAAAAGCCAGUCCUCUCCCCACCUCCUCCUGUUGCUCCCCCCCCACCACCUCUUACACUUCCUCCUCCUCCACCAAGCGAGCUGCCGAAAUCCAAAAGCCCUACAGAGGAGCUGGCGGAAUCUGCCAGUAGCUUCCAGGAGCCGUCUUCUCUAAACGAAAGCCCCGUUCCAGACCGACAGGGGUCCGACAUGUUCAGCAAGAAAAGUCGUAAACGUCUAGACAGCCGAGCCGAGGCGGCAAACAUGACCACCGUCUCAGAGGGCAAAUCCAAAAAGGAAGGGCGCGCCCUCUCCGACUUCAACUCCCUCAUCUCCAGCCCCAGGCUUGGCGGCAGGGAGAAGAAGAAACUCAAAGGCCAGAGGGAGCAGCUGAACAAAACCAAGAAGCUCAACAGGACCAGUACCACCAGCGAGUUCCAGGACAGUUCGGAGAGCGAGCCCGAGCUCUUCAUCAGCGGAGAUGAACUGAUGAACCAGAGCCAGAGCUCCAAGAAGGGUUGGAAGAGUAAGAGAAGCCUGAGGAUGGCCAGUGAACUGGAGGAGAUUAAGUGCAGGAAGGCCAAUGAGAGAGAGGACCGUGGGCUGGGCAGCCAGGGAUUCAUCUAUGUCAUGGCCAAUAAGCAGCCACUCUGGAAUGAGGCCACACAGGUCUACCAGUUGGACUUCGGAGGACGAGUCACUCAGGAGUCUGCUAAGAACUUUCAGAUCGAGCUGGAUGGGAGACAGGUGAUGCAGUUUGGCAGAAUCGAUGGGAACGCAUAUAUCCUGGAUUUCCAGUAUCCUUUCUCAGCAGUGCAGGCCUUUGCUGUUGCCUUAGCCAAUGUUACUCAAAGGCUGAAGUAAGAGACUGCUCUAACCAGUGGUGUAGUGGAGGAUAUUUUGUGCAAGUGUUUACCUACCUUUUGCAUAAAAAUGCAUUGAAAGUAUAGGGAGCAUUACAUUACUCACCGCAAAUGGCGAUCAGUGUUUACCCACCUAUGUUUUUUUACCACUACAUCACUGGCUCUAACCCAAUGUCGCAUAUGUGUUCGAAAAAAAGGAGGAAGGGAAGCGCUGCUAAGGUACACAAUAGUAGAUUGUGGGGUAAAUGAAUAUAAUUCAUUAAAAAUGCCUUUAUUUGUAUGGCAUGUUCAAUGGAAACAAAGUUUAGAAACGCUGACAAGUGCGUCAUAUACAGUAUAUGGCUCUGUUACAACGUACUCUGAUGCAAAGUGACAGAAUAAUCAGAGAUGAUUAUACUGUGUCCUGUAACACGGGACUGUCAGUGUAGUUCUGUGCUGGACAAGAUGGAUAAUAGGGCUAUGAGAUACAUUUUAGUAAGCCUCACAACAAAGCUUUUUAGUAGGUACAUUUCUCUUACUUACCGUAUAUAUGCAUUGGAUUUAAAAAACUGCCCUUGGAGAUCUGCAAUUUUAAAAUGCGUGACUAAGAUUGCAGGUUAUAAUGGUCAUAAGAAAAGUAAGUGCAAUGUUGGACAAUGUUGAAAGAGAGAGGCCAUGUUGAUUGUGGAAAGACAACACGAUGAGUUUGAAAGUAAUAGAGUUUAUUUAGAUGUUAUUUCGAAGAUCACUUCUAUGAAGUGAUCCUAGGAAUAUCAUCAUUUUCCGUAAAUGUUUUUGUAGGACCUAGAAAUAUCCACAUUUCCAUUAUGUAAACGUUAUUGUAGGACUACAUACCCUCAUAUGACAUAAAUUGUAACACAUUCAUAACUAAAUUGUAACAUGUAUGUUAUCAAACCUUUCUGCCCAUCAUUUCAUUUGGUUGAACCUAUGAAAAAAAUGUCAUGCAUGUGUAAAUCAUUCACCAAAAUCAUCAAAUGCAUGGUUCAUGUAUCUGGGGAAAAAUGCAUACAGUAGAUAUUCCACCUGCUGCCAGAUCCGUCAACUUAUGUUAAACCCUGCAAGAAAAUGAAAAGCUAUCCUUAAUUUAAUGUUAUGGUGUAUAAGCUUGGUUGGCUCUGUGUUUUAGUCACUGGGUGUGGUUAUGAUGCUACUUGAACAUUGCAUUUGAAUGUGAAGUGCUUUGCCUCCUUGGAGUUUCUGCUGCUGCUUUUGAUAGAUAUUGUCUGCAUUGCUGCUAACAGUGUGUCACUUGGUACUGAAGACAUUGAAGUUAUCAUUUUUUACAUUUUCAGAUUUUAAUUGGAUUUGAUUGACUAAUUAAUUUGUGAAUAUGUUAUUCAGUAGUUAACAUGUGUCUUAUGCUGCUUUAUCUGAAAGUACUGUAACUUCCAAAAUAAUGGAAACACUUGAAUAAAUGAGGGAUACGAAGUAUAUUGAAAGCAGGUGCUUCCACAUAGGUGUGGUUCCCGAGUUAAUUAAGUAAUUAACACCCCAUCAUGCUUAGGGUCUGGCAUACAUAUGUUGGGAAGGCCAUUAUUUUGGCUACCAUGGCUGUGUUAUGACAAUUCCCCCAUCCACAGGGCACGAGUGGUCAUUGAAUGGUUUGAAGCAUGAAAACCAUGUAAACCACAUGCCAUGGCUGUGUCAGUUACCAGAUUUAAACCCAAUUGAACACUUAGGGGAGAUUCUGGAGCGGCGCCUCCCUCCAGCAUUUGCCGUGUUUCGCCCACCAAGCAAAGAGUUUUUGUAUGGAGGCCAAUGAGAGUGUCGAAUUUGGUCAGCAAAAAAAUGUAUGGCUUCUUUACUACUUGAGGUUUAUAGACGUUCCGUAAUGGUUAAGUUGUUACGAGUGUACUGAGGACACGUGACACGUGACAUCUCACCAACAUUGAGAAAAAACACUUUGUAUCUGAGUUGUCUCGAGUUGGCUAUGGAUAUUCAUGGCAUGAGGCUAAUAGCAUAGCAUCUCUUGCUAUUGAAUACAGGAGAUUAAAAACGAUUACAAUAGUGAGAUCUAUCCACCAAUCCAAAGACGGGAUAGGCGGGAGCUAGACAGCCCGCCAUGCCGCUUUAUGGACAAUGACUCCCAUUGUUAUGGCAGGGAUACAUGUAUAUUGUUAGUAUAUACAUCAUUUUUGGCAGUGCUUGAGACAGCGUUUUCCACCACAAUCAACCAAAUUAUGGAAUUUCUCACAGAAGAAUGGUGUCGCAUCCCUC